AUGAAAGCUGAGAGAGAUGCUCUCGCUCUCAGUAAAAGUCCUUUUAUUGUGCACCUGUUUUACUCUCUUCAAACUGCAACUAAAAUCUAUUUGGUGAUGGAGUACCUGAUUGGUGGAGAUGUAAAAUCACUUCUUCAUAUUUAUGGGUACUUUGAUGAAGACAUGUCUCUAAAAUACAUCUCAGAGGUCGCACUCGCUCUGGAUUACCUUCACAGACACAGCAUUAUUCACAGGGACUUAAAACCAGACAACAUGCUCAUCUCAAAUGAGGGUCACAUUAAGCUCACCGACUUUGGGCUCUCCAAGGUUAAACUUGACAGGGAACUAAACCUGUUGGACAUUUUAACCACACCUUCGUUGGUGAAACCUGAGAAAGAUUAUUUCAGAACACCUGGUCAAGUUCUGUCACUGAUAAGCUCUCUUGGUCUUAAUACUCCAGUGACAGAGAGCAAGGGUCACAGCAGCACAGUGUUUGGCAGCCCCAUGUCCUGUGGAAAAGUCAAGCAGAGGAAUAGUUCUCUGUGUUCGCCUCUGCUGAAGAGACGGGCUGAUCACCUGAAUUCACCAGUAUGCACAACUCGAGUUCUAGGAUCCAACUGUGUGUUCAGUCCGGGCCUGCUGGCUAGAAGUUUGACACCAAGGCUGAUGAAAUCAAGGAAGAGAUUUGAGACGCUGAGUGUUGGGAGUGCCCACUCAUGCCUGUUACCAUCCACUACUGAUUCUGAAGACUGUGUCAGCCCGAUGUGGGAAGAUGAGCAGAAUUUACAAGAUGGCGAGAACCUUCCACAGUUAAACGGAAGAGAAGUGGGCAAUAGAAACAUUCCCUUGACACAUGUGGAAAGGAGGAAGAUGUUUCCAGCACGAGCUCAAGAUCACAGCACUGUUUUGACUCCGCUCAAUAACCAAGUGGACAAUAGCAGAAAUAUUAAACCAGAUAUUUCUGCAAAGAGGCUUCAAUUUAGUGCAUCCGACGACUGUACUACUCCACUAGGUAAGGCUGAUCCCCAUCAGUCCGUUGGGAACGGUCUUAUAAAACCAGAGCUUCCAACAGAGCCCAAAUCCUCAGUAAAGAGAGCUUUUGAAGAAGUAGAGAAAAGCCCAGAACAGGCUGAGAUCCAUUGCAAGAAAAACGACGCAGUGUACAAGAGGUCUUUCCACAUUCCUGAGGACAACUCAAGGGUCCACACAGGCUUGACAGGAAUUUUCUCAAUUGUGGGGCUUGAUGAUGUUAAAAGUGCACCGAUAUGUCAACAGUUGAGUGAGAGAAUUGGCCCAAAGCAAUCUAGUCCCAUAGCCGUGGCCAAAAACCUCUUCUGUGAUCUCGAAGAUCAAGGCGAGGAGGUGGCUUUGCUUAAAGCAGAGGCCAACUCGAGCUCCCCGACCUCAUCCGGUGAUGACCGAAAUAUCAGAAGAAGCCUUAGUUUAGAUUCGGACGGCUCGGCCCAUGAAAUGUCGGUGGUUGCUAACACACCACAAAAAUCGAAGGACUUAAAACAAGAGGCUUUGUUGUCCUCUUUUGAGGAGCUGGAGGAAAAUGAGAUUUCCGUAGUCACACCGGCGGCCCGACCCACAUUGGCUACACCAAAGCAUAGCAGUGCAAAGCAGCAUAGGGGUAAAUCUGAGCGUUCUCUUCUUAGCCAUCCUCAUAGGUUGUCUGACAGUAUGGUCAAAUCGCCUGGCUUCCUCAAACCCAGGAAUGUGGUUGUGUUCAGGAGCUACUGCAGCUCCAUAAACCGCUCUUGUAUGUCACAUCUCAGCCUGGCCUCUUUGGAUGCCAUGGAAAUGUCUGCGUCAACCUCUUUCCACAAUGCCCAGUCUGCAGUGACUCCGGUUCAGAAGAAAAGGCCUAGUCUGAGCAGCUCACUUUACCAGACUCCACAGCAGAUGAUUAUGUCUCACACUCCCUAUAGGACACCAAAAAGUGUUCGUAGAGGUCCAGAACGUGUAGAAGGGGCUCCUAUCCUGGGAACUCCUGAUUACUUGGCGCCAGAACUUUUAUUAGGCAAACCUCAUGAUUUCGUGGUGGAUUGGUGGGCGUUAGGUGUUUGUCUGUUCGAGUUCCUCACGGGAGUCCCGCCGUUCAAUGACGAGACCCCUCAGCUGGUGUUCCAGAACAUUCUCAACAGAGAUAAUCUUAACUAA